GCUUUCAUAAUAUUCAGAGAAAAAGUAGAAGUGAAAAAUGGGUGAAGAGCAGGGGAACUUGAAGACAGCCACAGGUGACGAAAAUCUCAAGGACAUUUUUCACAGUAUUAGAACAACUAAAAAUCCGGCUGUAAUCAAUUAUGGGGCUUCUUGGUGCCGUGUCUGCAACCAGAUCCUUCCUACAUUUCAGGAGUUGAGCAAGAAGUUCCCAAAACUCUCUUUCAUAUAUGCUGAUAUCGAUGAAUGUCCAGAGACAACUCAAAACAUUCGUUUCACGCCAACUUUUCAUUUCUACAGAGAUGGUGAGAGGGUUGAUGAGAUGUUUGGUGGAGGAGAAGAGCGAUUGUACGACCGUCUGUGGUUGCACUCUUAGAAGUAACUUUCAGUACCUUUUGCAAUUGAAACAAAUCAUUGGAUCUUGAAUGGCAGUUACUAUAACAGAUUACUGUACUUUUGUAUCGUCAACAGACUAAAAGUAGUUCAUUAUUAUCAAUUGUAGAUCACCAAAUUUUGGUAGUUCUGCUUUUAGUUUUA